AUGGAUCUUCAGAAUUUUGACAACAAAUUUAAAUUCACUGUGUACAUAGUUGCAACACUAAUAUUUUACUGCUUUUGUUUUUUCUAGGGCGCCAAUGCCUCAGCUUUGGAGAAAGAGAUUGGUCCGGAACAAUUUCCAGUCAAUGAGCACUAUUUUGGUUUGGUUAAUUUUGGGAAUACAUGCUACUGCAAUUCAGUUCUUCAGGCACUUUAUUUUUGUCGACCAUUUCGAGACAAAGUCUUAGCAUACAAGAGUCAACCAAGAAAAAAAGAGAAUCUCCUUACAUGCUUAGCUGAUCUCUUCCACAGUAUAGCCACCCAGAAGAAAAAAGUUGGAGUAAUACCUCCCAAAAAAUUUAUAACAAGAUUACGAAAAGAAAAUGAGCUUUUUGAUAACUACAUGCAGCAGGAUGCACAUGAGUUCUUAAACUAUCUAUUAAAUACAAUUGCGGAUAUCUUGCAAGAGGAAAGAAAACAAGAGAAACAAAAUGGUCGCCUACCUAAUGGCAACAUCGACAAUGAAAAUAACAGCCCACCAGACCCAACCUGGGUUCAUGAAAUCUUUCAGGGAACAUUAACUAAUGAAACCAGAUGUCUUACGUGUGAAACUAUAAGCAGCAAAGAUGAAGACUUCUUAGACCUUUCAGUUGAUGUGGAGCAGAAUACUUCAAUCACUCAUUGUUUAAGGGGUUUCAGCAAUACAGAAACUCUGUGCAGUGAAUACAAAUAUUACUGUGAAGAGUGUCGCAGUAAGCAAGAAGCACAUAAAAGGAUGAAAGUAAAAAAGCUGCCUAUGAUUCUAGCUCUCCAUUUGAAGAGAUUUAAAUACAUGGAUCAGCUGCAUCGAUACACAAAACUCUCUUAUAGAGUAGUUUUUCCUUUAGAGCUUCGUUUAUUUAACACCUCAGGAGAUGCCACCAAUCCUGACAGAAUGUAUGACCUUGUUGCUGUGGUAGUUCAUUGUGGAAGUGGCCCUAACAGAGGACAUUAUAUUGCGAUAGUGAAGAGUCAUGAUUUUUGGUUGCUUUUUGAUGAUGAUAUUGUUGAGAAAAUUGAUGCACAAGCUAUUGAAGAAUUCUACGGGUUGACAUCAGACAUCUCAAAGAACUCUGAGUCUGGUUACAUCCUCUUCUAUCAGUCUCGGGAUUGAGGGGGAACUGUAGUGAAGAGAGAUUUUUAUGCCUCACAUCUUCUCUAUCUUGGAAUGGAGCAAGCACUGAAAAAAAGGAAAGCAGGGAGCUCCAGGGGCGGUAGCACAGUUUGCACACAACUAAGCCAAGAGUUUGGGAUUCUUAAAACCUUUGUAUCGUUUUCAUUUUAUUUGCUCAGGUAUCAUGCUGACUACACAUCUCCACUGCAUCCCAUAAGCAAAAAGAGAGAUACCAGCCACUCUUGCAGGAGCUUUCCGUUAGGUAAUACUAUCUCUAUGGUCCUAAUUCAAAGCCCAUUAAGGUCACUGGAGAACCUUUCAUGGACUUCAGUGGAAUUUGAAUCAGGUUCUAACUGCACUGCCAGAUUGGUGCAAUAGGAGCAUUAGAAAUCUGUAUUUUAUACAGACUUCGUGUAUAAAAGGUAAAGGACUCUUUGAGAACUUAGUUUCCUGUGCUUAAGUUUAAAAGAAUGAGGUUGGGAGGGUUAACAUGUAAGCAAGAAGAUAUAUCUGGGCCCAACACAAUUGCCUUCUUGAUGGUAGUAGUUUAACUGAAGAUAUAAACUGGUGUCGGGGAGGCAAGUAUGUUUUGCUUCUCUGAAGAAGCUUACGUUAUUUAUAAUGUAUGAUCGGGAACAAUCAGUCAAGAUUAUGGCUUUUAAUCUCCGUAUGGGGAAAGAUUUGGUUUGUAAUAGUUUAUUUUUAUUUAUAAAUUAUUGUAACUUAGGAUCUUGUGUAUUGUCCUUUAUUCUAACAAGUAUUGGAAAUUUUAUAUUUUAAUUUGAAUUAAAACUAAUUAUGUUUAAAUGUUAAAGAAGAGCCAAUAUAAAUUCUAAAAACAAUGCCUACAAUGUCUGUAAAAAAUGAGUAACACAGAAGAGAGGUUUCCUUCUGGAGGAACUGGUAUCUAAGUGAGGUUCUUUAUUUAAUUAAAUUAGAAUAUCCUCUUUCCAUUAAUGAGUGGAAAAAAGUGAUCAAACUAUUACAUAGAAGACUUUAAGAAUGCAUAUCGUAAGAAAAUGAUGGUGCAGUGGUGGUAUAAUGGUCUUUAUAGUUCUUUAAUAAUUUGUUAAUGUUUCAUGCUCUAAGCAAAUUAGAAUGAUUUGGAUCAAAGUAAACCAUUUUCAGAAUAUUAUUCCCUCUCCUAAAAAUGGAUCCAAUUCUGUUCCCAACGGCAUGGGUGACUGUCUUAAAAACCACUCAAGGUCUCAAGUAUAAAUUAUGUCUGAGUAAUAAAAAGAAAUAGGCUUGGAAUUUCAUGAGACUGAAGAUACCACAUUCCUUUAAAAGUAGUAAUACUUAACUCCUGUAGGGUGAAAAUUUCUGAAACUAAGCAGUUUACCUUGCUUUAGGUUUAUGAAACAGCAUUAAGAAUUAAAUCUUGACAAAACACCUGAUCUGUAAGAAAUGUGAACUAUUGUGAUUUGACAUUCUUCCACUUACCAGUACGUUGUUUGACAGUGGCUGAAUGUAAUUUCUGGAAAGUCAUGGGAUGUGCAUUCCAGAUUCUGGCAAUCAGGUCUUGGAUGUCCUUGUCGCUCCCUCUUCAGCUAGUGACUUUUACAUUAUUGCAAUUUUCUAAGGUUAUUUUAUUGAUACUGUUACAACUUUUAAAAAGAAUGUCUCCUGUCUGCUGCUAUAACUAUUUACUUACCUGUAUCUUUUAGCUCAGGAAAUGACUUCACCUAUUCACUCAGUUGAACAAGUCUUUAACAGGGUCACUCAAUAAAUUGGGCUAUUUAGCAACUGUCAUACUGUAACAAAUUCCUUUUGUAAAAUGCAAAGUUUCU